AUGUUUGAAAGAUGUCAACAUUGGCCAGAUUCGAUGAAUCAUUCAGCUAAAUUAAUUCGUGAUACCUGUGAAUUACCGGUGAAAAUUAUGCUUCAAUUAAUUUCUUGGAAUAAAAACCAACCACAAAUAACAACAAAUAAAAAACUUAGUUUUAUUGAAAAAAUGCCAAAUGAAUUAUUGGUGAAAAUUUUUCAAUACUGCGAUGAUGCUGAUUUUGCAAAUUUACGUUUGCAAUGUACUCGAUUCGAUCAGGUAA